AUGCUCUCAGCCGUACAAGGAUUUGCUAACCGGCACCGCAAGGGUCUGGUCAUCACCGCCGGACUCACCGGAGGCAUCUACAUGAUGGGCAAGUACGCCAAGAGCAAGCUGAUCGAGUUCCACGAAAAGAGUGCCUCCGAACGUACUGCCAAAGAGAACAUAAAGCGUCGGUUUGAGCAGAACCAGCAGGAUUGUGUAUUCACGGUACUGUCACUCCUCCCGACCCUCGGCGACCAGCUCCUGCACGAACUUAACGUCGAAUUGAUCACUGCCAGGCUGCAGCAGACCCGGUCCCAGCGAUCGACUCCCGCACCCACUCCUGAUAGUUCCAUGAUCCUCCCGCCUAAAUCAGAAGAAGACGAGAACAAACAGGAGCAGGAAGGCUCUGCAGAGAACAAGGAGGAGCAGAAGGAGGAGCAGAAGGAGGAGCAGAAGGAGUCCGAGUUGGUCAAGGAUGGUCAGGAGGCUGCUGUUGCUGUUGAUGGUACGGAGGAACACACCAAGGAUGACAGCACGGAUUCUACGGCUACUUCGGACACCAAUGGCGACAGCAACCAGUCUACACAACCAAGCAGCACGGCGUCCGAGGCUGACAAGGACGAGACGACGACGGCAACUCAGGACGCGGAGGCUGCCAAGCCGGAAUCACAGGAUGCUGCUGCUGCAACUACCGAGACCACCCCCAUCGCCGCUGCACCUGAGACCAUUGUCAAGGAUGAGGCUGCUGUAACCAUUGAUCGCAAAACCAAGUUAGAGCUCUGGCAAGAGAUCAAGAUCAUGAGCUUCACCCGUACAGUCACGGCGCUCUACUCGCUGACUUUCUUGACGCUGUUGACGCAGGUGCAGCUCAACCUUCUUGGUCGCUUCACCUAUGUUUCUUCGGUGAUCGCUCUCUCCAACACCACCGACGCUUCCUACCGUGUCGAUGCGCCUGCAGUCAAGGGAUCCUUGUCAUCAACCGCAGGUCAAUUGGACUUUCAGACUGAAAAGAAGUAUCUGACCUUCAGCUACUGGCUUCUGCAUGAGGGCUGGCGCCGCUGGAGCGAGAAGGUCCGCGACGUAGUUGAGGAUGUUGUCGGGGGUAUCUCGCUGAAGAAGACUUUUACGUCCAAUGACUUUUCAGAUCUCCUUGAAGAGAUCCGUUCUCGUCUCGAGUACACCGAGGAUAUGGAAGGCGAGCGUGUCCCAGUCAACAUGCGUGAGUACAUGCUGCCUGAUGAGGCAUCAGACGAGCGUGAGGUGCUGCGUGCAGGCGGCGUGGACGAAUUCGAUCUGGUGGUAGACCCAGUGCUUCGGAACUUGUUGGAUGAGACCCGCGAUUUCAUUGAUAGCGCCGAUUUUACUACCGUCCUCAGCUCAACCUUGACCGCGACUUUCGCCCGCUUCAACCUCGCCCUCCAACCCACCUUUAACCCCUUCCUCCUCUCGCCACCUCAAUCUGGAAACAGUGCAGUGAUUGCAGAGAUUGAGGAUGAUGAGGAUAUUGACCGUGCGGUGUCCCUGGUGACGUUGUUGCCAUUGGUCACAAGACAGGCCCACAAGGUUAUCAACGGUGUUCCCAACGAAUAUGUCGAGAGUCUGGCGAUGGUCAAGGAACUGCAGGCUUUCUCGGCGAUUGUGUAUUCUUCUUUUAGCGAACAGCUCGUCGACAACUAA